GGCGCGCCAUUUUGAAGUAAAGCGCGAACAACACGAUCACUUGUUGAAAUCGUCAAUAAAAUGGUUCAAGUUACAGGGUUUUAUUCGAAUUCCAGGUAACCUUAUGGUAUUAUGAUGACUGAGAGUUUAUCCUGUUGGUAAAUAUGUUGUUUGGUUUAACACUUGUGACUAUCUUUACAAAAUAUGAAGAAAUCAGAAGGAAACCAGCGAACGCUGUUUCAAAGUUGGGGAAAAAAAUCGUCCUCAAAUUUUACCCGACCAAAUAGUCCUGGUUGCUCUAGUGCUUACAACCUUGAAGAAGUAAUCGAUCUUAAUGAGGACGAUGAUGAUGGCUUACUUGCUGCGGCUCUUGAAAUGGACUCAAUCGACCCUGGUCCUUCAACGAGUACAAGAUUUCCAAACAAUGUUCCGAGUAACUCAUCAACCUCCACGAAUACAACAUCCAACAGCAUUCCCGUUGAAAUCAUUCCAGGCUUUGAUAUGGAAAGCGGAGACAUCUGGAUUUAUCCAACAAACUACCCUGUCCGAGAUUACCAAUUUAAUAUCGUACAGAAAGCUCUGUACCAGAACAUCAUGGUCACCCUUCCCACUGGUCUUGGAAAGACUUUUAUAGCUGCUGUAGUGAUGUACAACUAUUACAGAUGGUAUCCACAGGGCAAAGUUGUAUUCAUGGCCCCUACUAAACCUUUGGUGGCCCAGCAGAUCGAGGCAUGUUAUCAAAUAAUGGGCAUCCCACAGGCGGAUACAGCUGAAAUGACAGGUAAUAUGGCCCCUACCAAGCGUGAAAACUUGUGGCGGACUAAACGAGUCUUUUUCCUUACGCCGCAAGUGUUGCAAAACGACCUGAGUCGUGGUUCAUGUGCCGCGGCUGAUGUGGUGUUAUUAGUAGUGGACGAAGCUCACAAGGCACUGGGUAACCACUCCUACUGCCAGGUGGUGAGAGAAAUUCUGAGUUACACCACCAACUUCCGCGUGCUUGCUCUCAGUGCAACCCCAGGUGAUGACAUCAAGGCAGUACAGCAAGUACUCACCAAUCUGCUCAUAAGCCAUGUUGAAUUGCGCUCAGAGGACUCCCAAGAUAUCAAGCCCUACACCCACGCACGGACAGUAGAGAAGAUCGUAGUGCCACUAGGUGACCAGAUAGUCAGAGUGAAAACCCAAUAUCUUAAGGUUCUGGACACCAUUGUUGGCAGGCUUUUCUGUAAUCGUGUUGUUUGGCAGAAGGACCCCCUGCGCAUGUCCAAAUUUAUGCUCUUGAGCUGCAGAGAACAAUUCAGGAAGGGUCCAGCUGAGAACAUGAACAGAGCCCAGGUGGGGAGUAUUGAGGGAGACUUUGCCAUGGGGAUAAGCCUGUACCAUGCCUACGAGCUCCUGCAUCAACAUGGAAUCCUGUCAUUCUACAACUUCAUCAAAGGAAUCAUGGAGGGAAGCAAAGGCAUGACUCGUGCCAAGACAGAGCUAAUGAGACAUCAGGAGUUUAUGGGGAUAAUGGAAGACCUCCGUGAGAGCAUUGAGACACCCCUGGAUGAGAUUGCAGACACCAGUGCUCUCUUCUCACAGUUUUCCUCACCCAGUCGUCGCCGCUCCAUGCAGUUCCAGGCAUCUGACCCGCGAUUCAAAAGCCAUCCAAAGCUUCAGAAGCUUGAGGAAAUUGUUGUGGAGCAUUUCAAAAAAUUUGCAGAGUCUACAAGCAAAGGUAGUGAUAAUCUGGGCGAAGUAAAGGGUAAGCCAUCUGUAGACACUCGAGUAAUGAUUUUCUCCCAGUAUCGAGACAGUGUCAAGGAGAUCACAACUAUCCUCUGCCGCCACAAGCCUCUGGUGCGUGUCAUGAGCUUCAUUGGACAGGCAUCUACUGGAAAAAGCUCAAAGGGGCUGUCACAGAAGGAACAGCUUGAGGUCGUGCAUCGUUUUCGUAUGGGUGGCUACAACACGCUGGUUUCUACAUGCGUUGGUGAAGAGGGACUAGACAUCGGUGACGUCGACCUUAUUGUGUGCUUUGAUGCGCAUGCGUCACCUAUCAGGCUUGUACAGCGCAUGGGCAGAACGGGCCGCAAGAGAGAUGGCCGGAUUGUGGUUCUGGUAGCCGAAGGCAAGGAGGAACAGGUGUACAAGAGAAGCCAAUCCAAUAAGAAGUCUAUCCACAAGGCCAUCGUAAAAGGGACUGGCUCCUUUGAUCUAUACCAGGAUAACCCCCGUAUGAUCCCAAAACACCUUACCCCCACAGUGUUUAAGAUGGAGAUGACGGUGGGGAGUUAUGUGGCUAAAGGUAAAAAUAAGCGGAAAUCUGAUGCAAACAAGAGCAGCGGAAAGAUCAAGGCGUUACUCACUAAGGCUGUCACGCCGCCUAGCGUGACGUCACGCAAGGAUGACGGGCUGCUGUCGUAUGGGGAACUGAUGUAUUGGCAAGAGAACUUCAAGCUCAAAGGGUGCGAGGCUGGGACUACACCCAAGGCAGCAGUCAGGCGCAGAUCUUCAGAUUCGCCAUCAGUUGCCAGGAGAAGGUCAUGUGACCCUGUCGAGCCCGCUGUCAAACCGCUGUCUCUAACAGAGUGGAUGGCAUGGCAGUCAGCACCCUCCCCAGUCCUCCUCGUCUCGCACUCGCGGCGCACCAAGCACUUGGUUGAGAUCCUGGAAUUCAUUGAAUUACACGGAAGUGACGUCAUAGGGGAAGACGACUCUUACGAUGCGGAAAUGAGGUCUUUCCUGGACCCUAACGACCUUCCUGGAAAUGACUCGAGGGAAGACAUUGUGUCUGGCCAAGAUGGUGAUGGUGCAGAAGCCCGUAACGCAAAGAGUGAUAAAAGAAUAAGUACAAAGCAGAGACGAAUAGUGAUUAAAGACGACGAUGCUGAAGAGCUGGAUGUUGUACGACAAGAGCGUGGGACUGAAUCGGCAGAGAAACUCAAAGAAUCCAAGCCAAAGGAGAAAGCUAAGAAAAAGAGAUCUAUUGAUAAGAAGCGCGUAUCUCCAGUCGAACGAAAGGCCAGAUGGAAAGAAUAUCUUGAGAAAUUUGAAAGAGAUGAUGACUUUGAAGCAUCACUUGAUCAUGAGAAUCAUAUCGCGGUAGACGUCCAAGAUAGUCUUGAUUUUGGGGGGCCUGCCGAUGAGCACGGCGUAAAGAACCAUGCAGAAAUCAUCUAUGAAACCAACGUUCCCGCGGCUAGGACAGCACGAUGGCUUAGUUGUGAUAAGGAGGGUACUUUAAAGGACGUAAAAUCGACUGUAUCUAGCUGUCAAGAUUCUGAUGACGAUCUCGGACCAUUAUCACAGCUAUUGCCAUCCUCGACUCCACAGGUUAAACCUGCAGUGAACCAGCGCCUGCAGAGACACGCUACGGAUGUCCCCACUCCACCAUCGCUAGACGAUCUAGACUUCUCGUUUUCCCCGAUUAAAUCCUCAGGGUUAUCAGACAGGAAACGAAAAGAUGUUACUCCACAAAGACGUGCUAGUAAAGUUCCAAAGCUUCUUCCAAUUAACGAUUCUAGUAAGUCAGCAAGAGGGAAUAAAUCCAGACUAAUAGAUGGGAAUGACUCGGAUUUUUGCUCACGAGAAAUUUCCUUUCCGGAGUCUCCGCCAAUGAUUCCUGAAUCAAUGGAUUUCGAGGUUGAACCGGAAUCCACGCUAGGUAGGGGAAAUUCGAAAAUUGACGCUAUUAGCCAAAUGGCAGCAAACCAAAAAAUUAAAACAACGAAAUUGUCUGAUGUAGGCAAUGAUAUAGAGCAAGAAAAACAGCCUCGUAAUACGCCAAAGUUGAAUAAUUCAGACGAUCUUCUUGGUGAUGUGAACAUGUCAUCAUCGUCCUUACCAAGUGAUGCUGAAUUUAACGAGUUCCACCCCUGGAUAGUAGACAAUGUUAGAAAAUUACCUCCCCCUGGAUCACCACCAUUAUUACCAGAUGACAAAGAGCUAAAAGAUAUUCAUGGACCUAACCCUGGGACAGUGGGGCCAAGUAGCAAGCAACUCCCCCCUGAAUCGUCAACCCUGUUGGAUGAGCCAUGCUUUGACCUGGGAAUAAUGACGUCACCUCAAGGGAACGUCGAUAAUGACGAUUUGAGCAUGGUGUUUGGUGAUGAUAGUAUUUUGAUGGAGGCAUUUGACAUUGAUAUAGACGAUAGGAAAGCUUCUCCAGAUCAUAGAAACGAUCAGAUCGAUACAAAACGCUGUUACGCGAUAAAUGAUUUAAAAAAAGGGAGUAAAAACAAAAGUACAAAUACUACAGCACAAACUGGUUCCAACGUAGUGUUGAAUACAAAUAUAAUUAGGAAUGAAAAAGCAUGCACAAAGGGUAUCAAGACGAAGGACAAAAGUAUCAAAUCCAGUAUUGAACAUUCGAUUAGUUUAUUAAGUGCGUUUGAAAGGACAAAUAAGAGCGACGAAGUCUCUACUUCAAAAGACAGGGUCGCUGAUACUCAUGUCUCUGCUCCUGAGAAUUCAACGUCUCGUAACAAAACCGUGCAUCAAGACAAAAGCCUGCGUGACUUAGAGAGAGUAUCUGACACUCUAGUCAGUGUUCCUGAGAAUUCAAAGUCUUGUAACACAAUCAUGCAUCAAGACAAAAGCCUGCGUGACUCGGUGGAUGUUGAACAUAUGUAUCCGGAAUCUCGUGAAUCAGGGAAUGUUAAACAAAAGAAGCCUUUCAAACUGAAACUAAAGCGAUCUCCUGGUAAAGUAAAACAACCUGUGACGGGGCAAGAGCAGGUGCCCCUUGAGAGCGCAAAUGACUCAACUGUUAAUAGUGUAGUUGAUGCUCAAGCUCAAAGUAAAUCUUCUAGUUUGCCAGCUCAUAAACAGCGGCUAAAUGUACCGGCAAGUGUAGACAACAACUUGGGCCGUCAUCCCAGUCCUAAAAGCGCAGACCUUUUUCCUGAAUCCCCUUGUAGGGAAAGGCUAUCCAAGAAGGAUAACAUAUCUGAUGAAGAUUCACCAAUUAUUCGCAAGCCCACGAAGAGCGCACAAAGUAUUAUUUUUCCUGAAUCCCCAUGCCAAAGAGAAGGGCUAUUGGAGAAGGAUAUCACAUCAGAUGUCGACUCCCCUAUUAUUCGGAAGCGCGGUAAAGGCGCAUUAAAGAAAUUAUUACUAGAAAGUCCUGCACUGUGUCAAUCACCCAAUCACACCGAUGCCGACUCACCUAUUGUUGGCAGACGCUUGAAGGCAAAAAUCUCUAAUGGGAAUGUCGUAGCGAUAGCAGAGAGUGAAGACGAUGAGGAUGCACCGGCGGCCAAUAAUAAGGUUAUUGCUGGUAAAGAUUUAAGUAAGAAGUCUAAUAAUGCUGUCAAUACUGCCUAUGAUGAUGAUGAAGAUGAUGAUGACGAUAAGGUGAUGGUGCAAAGGCGCCUGAAGCCUGUUGGCAAGGCUAGUAUUUACAGACGGACCAUCUUGUCGAGUCCAGCUGCUACGAGUCCAACACAUGAUAAUGAAAGAAAAAAGAAGAAGUUUGCUCAGGUCAUCGACUCUGGAAGUGAAGAUGAAUUCGAAUGCGAUUAUACGAAAGCAUGCAACCCAAAAAAGCAAGAGAAGGUGGAAGAAGCGGACAGACGAAUGAAGAAGAAAGAGUCUUUUCAGAUAAAGCAGCGGCAUAAGCCAGCCAGAGCACAACAUGGCCAACCAAAACGAUCUAAGAAAAUGCACACAUACCGUCUGAACCACUUCAUUGAUGAAGAAGCUGAGCUCUCGGGAAGCGACAUUGACCAGUACUCUUCUGACGAAGACGUGGACGGGUACAGCGAGUUUGACAGCUUUAUUGACGACUCCACUCAGAGGACCCAGGUGACGCCCUGUCCCCAAAGGAGACACCAGAGCCCGGGGGUGGACAUGCACGCCGUGUACCGCCAGUCGCUUUUUAGCCCUGUUGGAAGACUGUUGAACUUCAAGACUCCCAUGUAUCAUAGGCAGAAGAAUAGAUACAAAAUGAAGUACAACGUGGGACGAAAGCGAACUGACUCGUCGUCCGAGGCAGAAGAGACAUGGGAGCGUGAGAGUGAACAAGAUGGUGAGGGGAGCGACGUGAGCGGGCCUGGGACAAGUAGCGAGAAUGAGCAAGAGCCUGGGACAAGUAGCGAGAAUGAGCAAGAGCCUGGGGCGAGAAGCGAUGAUGAGGAAGAGCCUGGGACGAGUAGCGAAAAUGAGCAAGGAUUUCGUGAAGCCAGCCAAAUAAGAAGGGCCAGAAAGCGUGUUAAAAGGAAGCGGAUAAAAGUCCUGGAUGAGAGUACGGAGGAGACGCCACCCAAGAUUAGCAAAGUGUGUGGCACCCCUGUCAUCGAGCCCCAGGGAACACACCGACAACGCUCUUCGACUACAGUCACUUCACCCGGAACUCGUCUGUUGGAGCCGCCUGAGAUAAAUCGGGCUGCCUCAGUACCAGGAACAAGUAGCAAUGAUGUCAGAUCCAAAACUGCCAACAUGACUCCCUCGUCGUCACCUUUGGGGUAUCGUGAUGGUGUAUUUCGAGCUGACAAUGACAAGAGCUCCUUCAGUAAAGUCAAUUCCAGGAGGGGUCCUUUGACUGUGACGUCACCUAUUCGACAUCAAAAUGAAGGAUAUGGGAAUGUUACAACUGCAGAAUGUAGUGACAAUGAUAAACCUUCGUUUGUUAAACCAAGAACCAAAAGCUGGACCUUCAAGUCUAGUCAAGCAAAGGACAAUCCACGAGUCCCGGGACAUUUGGAUCAAACUAAAGGGAACUGUGGGGGAGUGGGUGGGGAUGUACUUGGGGAGGGUGAGUGGGAAGACGAUUUAGAUGAUCUUGACCUUUUGGAUGCUUUGGAAGCUGAUGACAGUAAGACGUCCUCUGGAGCAGCUCCACUUAUGGCCAGUUCAUCAGAGCGGCGUGAGUCGAAGGAGAUCGCCUUGGCGAUGACGGCGACGGAUGAUGACUUUACCAUGGAGAUGAGUGACAUGCCGACUUUUUCGCUGGAUUUCGACUUUGACCAGCAACAGGAAGUUAAUGCGGUAGACAAAGGUGUGAAUCAAAGCGCUUGUCAGUCACUGUCAAAUGGCCUGUCAACGUUUGCUAAACCCUAUGGAUACGGCAGCUCCUCAAAUACCACGAUAGCGACAAAGAAACCGUUAUUAAGUAAUAGAACUUUCAAGCCGCCUAAGGCCUCGAAAGACAUUCAAAAUGAAAGCUUUACGAAAAUUCGACCCCAAACAGGGAACAAUACAAACAACAAUGAAAAUAUUCCGUUAAAGACUGCACGGAAUUUUACGUCAGAUUCAGACGCUGUUAGACCACAUGAUUUUUCAGAUACAGGAGUUACUCCCACUUCACGCGAACUUCGAGCGCAAUCAAACUCUCUACUAAAAAACCCCUUUAAAUAUUCGCCCUUGUCAAACACGUGCAUCGAAUCAGAAUCAGAGAGGAGCUUGGGCACCAGUGUUACGGCGCCCUCACGAGCCAGCGCACAUCCAGCGGUUGUACCAAAUAAAAGCAUUAUUGCAAGAAGUCCUUCUGGACUGUCGUUCAGCGAGAAAAAUAAAGACAAGCUUGUUAUUUUGGUGGACACGAAAGAAAUAUCAAACUCGCAGGUAGUUUCUCAGCUCCGUCUCAAACAAAACAUGCGCGUAGAAGUAUGUCAGCUGACCAACUGUGACUAUGUAGUAAGCAACAGGAUGGCUGUGGAACGCAGGCUCGUAUCAGACGUGGCUAAUGGUGCGAACUCGGCAAAGCUUGUGUCGCGCAUGCGACUCCUGUGUACCCUCUACGACAGACCAUGUAUCAUCAUAGAGAAGGACCGCGUAAGGCCAGGCGAACAGGAGCGCAACAAUAGCCGAAGUACGGCAUAUUUCAGCACUCUCUCGUCCAUCGCGCUCACCCAUAUAAAGAUCCUUUACAGCGACAGUCAAGAGCACACAGCGUUCCUAUUAUCAGAGCUUGCUUUGGUAGAGGCGAAGAAGAAGGCUGCAAUAGUAGCGCCACUUAGCAACAUGUCAAAUGAAACAGAAAAGAUGUUCCGCUUUCUCCUCACCAUUCCAAUGGUUAACUAUGCUACCGCUCUGUGCCUGUCUUUGAAGUACAGGAACCUUCGCCACCUGAUCCACAGUUCCACCGCCGAGUUACAGAGCACGACAAGUCAUCUCAUAGCUACGCGAGCGCAGGAGAUAUACGCCUAUCUGCGACACAGUUUCAACACUGGCAUGUUGGGAAGCAAGUAAGAAGCGACACCGCUGGUGAGACGUAAGGGUGGUACAAACACAUUUUGAUAUGCCAGGGAAUAGCUAGUUUUAAUAUCUAAACGAUUGACUGUUUAAAUGGAUUUAAAGUAGCCAUGGCUAUAAAAGAAGCUAGUCCCAGGGCUGCGUGAUAAGAACGGUUUAUCCCUCGUCUUUCAGUCCCCUUGCAAGCAAAGAUGAUAAGCGAGGGCACUGCAGUAUACAUAUAUAUAUACACUUAUUUCGAAUAAGGUUGCAUGUGACGCGUAUUAUCAGCUGAAUCCUUGUACCUGAAAGUCAUGUGAAGAAUGUUCAUAAGAAUGUAAACAAGAACUUUACAGCAUUGGAAACCUGUAUUUGUAUUUUAUUUGCGCUUAUUUGCUUAUUUACUUGAUACCCACGAAGCACUGCGGGUUACGAUACACAGAUUUUUCCGAGUGCAGCCUCAUUUGAAAUAGCUGUACAUAUACAUCUCAUACAGCCGGAAAACUACCCUAUUCUGUGAGGUAAUUUCGUAGAUUGUGUUUUGCUAUGUUGAGAUUUGUUAGGAACGGAAGAGAGAAGUUGUGUGAUCAAUGUUGAAUCAAUGGAUGAAAAAAAUGAAUCAAUCUAUUCAUACAGAAAACAAUAAUCAAUUUAUAUAUAAUAGCAGUAUUAUAACAAAAAUUAUCAAUAAGGAGAAAUCUGUAAAUAAAUGUAUGAAAUAUUUGAAA